UGUAAUAAUGGCUCUGCCAAGCUUGGAACUCUUCAGCUUCUUAUUCAUCUUCUUGUUCUUCCUUCCUCACAUAGCAUUCGCCUCUUGUGCCGCAUCGAAAUGCAGCCACGGAGGGCCACAGGUGCGAUUCCCAUUCACGCUAACGAACCGCCAAGGCUCGCGUUGUGGGUAUCCAAAGUUUGGUCUCACAUGUGAUAGUGUAAGCAAGCAAACCAUUAUCACUCUCCCGUCUACCCCCGGAGACUUCUUCGUCCGCGGAAUCAACUACAGGAAUCAAAUUGUAUCGAUCUACGACACCGCCGGGACAGGCUGCCUCAUAAAGCGGUUCCUGGAUCAGGAAAUAAGCCUCGCUGGUUCAGCCUUCGUAUAUACUCAUGGUGACAACUACACGUUCUUCAAUUGCUCGCCUAAAGCAGAGGAAGUACUAGCUUAUUAUCCAGCCAUCUCUUGCCUUAGCAGUGACGACAAUAGGGUCAUAGCUGUGCCAUCAAAUUCAAUAACAUCUUCUGGGCCACCAAUACCAUCUGAUCUUUGCUUUCUGAUGUCGAAAGCUUUCGUUCCGGUGGACUCCAGUCCAUUUCUUCCACCAAAUGUAUCUGAUUGGGAAUGUAUCAACAUUCGUUUUCAGUUGUCAUGGACCGUGCCUGAUUGUCGUUACUGUGAAUUAAGUAAUAAAGUUUGUCGGAUUGAGGAUGCUCCAAGUUUGCAGAUUGGUUGCUUUCGAUCUCCUCCGAAAGGUCUCUCAAGUUCUGCAAGAACUGGUUUGAUUAUAGGCCUGGGAAUCCCAGGGUUUGUGGGCAUCUCUGGCCUUGUGAUGUUCAUAAUGGACAGGAUGAAGACCAGUCGUCAGGACAACCGCACAACCGUGGAACUAUCGAACACGGCAACGAAUGAACAACCUUCAGUAGUCACAGAGGCCGGCCUUGAUGCUGCAACCAUCGAAUCGUAUCCUAAGUCUCAACUUGGUGAGAGCGUGGAUUUACCCAACCCAGAUGAUAAAGUCUGCUCGAUAUGUUUGACUGAGUACGAGGUCAAGGACAUUCUCAGGAGUAUACCUGAAUGCAACCAUUAUUUUCACGCUAUAUGUAUAGACCAAUGGCUAAAAAAGAAUUCAACAUGCCCCCUUUGUCGGAAUCCACCUGAUCGAGAGUAA